AUGUCUAGCGCUUCCAAUAACUUUCAUGACCAUGGUCCUAACAGUGAUAGGAAUGGGCUUGUAGACCGCAAUGAAUAUCUGGGUAAUAGCGAAUAUCAACAGCAAGCUGGAGAACGCAAUGGAAACCUGGGUAAUGGCGAAUAUCAACAGCAAGCUGGAAGUGUUAAUGUGGGCGAUGACGAAUAUCAGCAGCAAGCUGGAGGUAUUAAUGUAGGCAAUGGCAAAUAUCAGCAGCAAGCUGGUGGUGUUAAUGUGGACGAUGGCGAAUAUCAGCAGCAAGAUGGAGCUGUUAAUGUGGAUGAUGACGAAUAUCAGCAGCAAGGUGGAGGUAUUAAUGUAAGCAAUGGCAAAUAUCAGCAGCAAGCUGGAGGUGUUAAUGUGGACGAUGGCGAAUAUCAGCAGCAAGCUGGUGGUAUUAAUGUGGACGAUGGCGAAUAUCAACAACAAUCUGGAGGUAUUAAUGUAGAUAAUGGCGAAUAUCAGCAGCAAGAUGAAGGUGUUAAUGUGGACUAUGGCAUAUAUCAGCAGCAAACUGGUGGUAUUAAUGUGGGCAAUGGCGAACAUAAACAACAAUCUGGAGGUAUUAAUGUAGAUGAUGGCGAAUAUCAACAGCAAGCUGGUGGCAUUAAUGUGUACGAUGGCGAAUAUCAACCACAAUCUGGAGGUAUUAAUGUGAGUGAUGGCGAAUAUCAGCAACAAGAUGGAGCUGUUAAUGUGGACGAUGGCGAAUAUCAGCAGCACGGUGGAGGUAUUAAUGUAAGCAAUGGCAAAUAUCAGCAGCAAGCUGGAGGUGUUAAUGUAGAUGAUGGCGAAUAUCAGCAGCAAGCUGGUGGUAUUAAUGUGGACGAUAACGAAUAUCAACAGCAGACUGGAGGGGUUAAUGUGGACGAUGGCGAAUAUCACCAGCAAUCUGGAGGCAGAAGCAUUAAUAUGGGCGAUGGCGAAUAUCAGCAGCAAACUGGAAGAAGGAGUGAAAACAUAAAUCACGAAUAUCAGCAGCAAGCUGGAGGUCACAAUGAAACUCUGGAUAAUGGGGAUCAGCAGCAAGCUAGAGACAACAGUAUUAAUAUGGGCGGUGGCGAAUAUCAGCAGCAAGCUGAAAGCAGCAGUAUUAAUAUGAGCGAUGGCGAAUAUCAGCAACAAGAUGGAGCUGUUAAUGUGGACGAUGGCAAAUAUCAGCAGCAAGCUGGAGGUAUUAAUGUGAGUGAUGGCGAAUAUCAGCAACAAGAUGGAGCUGUUAAUGUGGACGAUGGCAAAUAUCAGCAGCAAGCUGGAGGUGUUAAUGUGGACGAUGGCGAAUAUCAGCAGCAAGAUGGAGGUGUUAAUGUGGACUAUGGCUUAUAUCACCAGCAAACUGAUGGUAUUAAUGUGGGCAAUGGCGAACAUAAACAACAAUCUGGAGGUAUUAAUGUAGAUGAUGGCGAAUAUCAGCAGCAAGCUGGUGGUAUUAAUGUGGACGAUGGCGAAUAUCAACAACAAGGUGGAGGUAUUAAUGUGAGCAAUGGCGAAUAUCAACAAAAAGCUGGAGGUAUUAAUGUGGAUGAUAGCGAAUAUCAGCAGCAAGCUGGUGGUAUUAAUGUGGGCGAUAACGAAUAUCAACAGCAGACCGGAGGGGUUAAUGUGGACGAUGGCGAAUAUCAGCAACAAGGUGGAGGUAUUAAUGUGGGCAAUGGCGAACAUAAACAACAAUCUGGAGGUAUAAAUGUAGAUGAUGGCGAAUAUCAGCAGCAAGCUGGUGGUAUUAAUGUGGGCGAUAACGAAUAUCAACAGCAGACUGGAGGGGUUAAUGUGGACGAUGGCGAAUAUCACCAGCAAUCUGGAGGCAGAAGCAUUAAUAUGGGCGAUGGCGAAUAUCAGCAGCAAACUGGAAGAAGGAGUGAAAACAUAAAUCACGAAUAUCAGCAGCAAGCUGGAGGUCACAAUGAAACUCUGGAUAAUGGGGAUCAGCAGCAAGCUAGAGACAACAGUAUUAAUAUGGGCGGUGGCGAAUAUCAGCAGCAAGCUGAAAGCAGCAGUAUUAAUAUGAGCGAUGGCGAAUAUCAGCAGCACAAUAGUUAUAUCGAUAAUAACUACAGCUAUCGCAGAAGAAAUACACGCAACGGUAGACAAGGUGGACGUUUUGUGAAUAAAUUGAAUACCAGGCAACAGUUUAAUAGAUAUGUGAUACUAGCUUCUCUAAUAUCCAGGAUUUUUCAAUUGCAACAGGCAAUGUACAAUAUGCGCAGGACAUACGAUUUAUUUCGUGAUUAUUUGGAUACAGUACGUGGAAGCAUGAGCAAUCAGGAACCACAAUUUGAGGAGGGAAUUCCAGACGAGCCUCCAGAAGAAAAUGGAGAUCAAAUCGAUGAGUAA